CGUGUGAACCAACCUGGAGCCAAUCAACCGAGAGUGUGUGAGCACGCUGUACAUUCAAAUGUACACCAUUUCAAGUUACGAGAUUUUGUGAGCGCAAGUGGCGAACGAACCAUGGCGGGGAGACGAGAAUACGAUGACGGGUAUACACGAAGGAGAAACGAGAGUUGCGGAGGAGGAAGAGGACGAGACGACCGAGAACGGGACUACCACGGUAACUACGAGAGACGUGAAGACAGGAGAUUCGAGGAAGUCGGACGGGAAGAUCGCCCACGCAAUGAGGAAGAAAGAGGUCGGCAGCCAGCGGGCAUGGAGAUAAGUUUUGAACGAAGAUUUGAACCGGGAGGAAGUAGCGGAAGACCCCCUCUAAUAUGCUAUGGGUGCAAAGUCGUUGGCCACUACCAUAAUGACUGCUGGCGCUUUUGGACCAACGAGGAGACUCGUCGACGUAUGGAAGCUGAUGGUUACCAGUGUCCACCGGAGUUUGCAAGACGUGGACGAUCUGUGUCACCAAGGCAACAGAAGCUAGUACACUUGAAGCGAUCGCCAUCCGAAGAACCACGAACGAGCAGCAGAUUGGACGAUCUAGGGAAGACAGUGGCGACGAUGAAAGACUUCGUGGACUUAGAGAUGGCAAGGAGAGAAGUCAAGGAGCAGAAGAAGCGGGAAAAAGAGUUGGCAAAGCAACGAGAAGAGGAGGAACAAGCAACAGUUGAGCAAGCGCGUCGAAUCAAAGAACAAAGGGAGAUGAAGAAAUUGGAGAAACAAAAGAGAUGCGAAGCUGAUCGAGAAGCCAUCACUAAAGCUGUCGACAUCCAGUUGGCGCUACGUUUGAAGAACGUCCUUGAAGUGCUGAAGACUGAAGUGCAUCGAGUUGUCAGGGAAAUCAUCCCUGAAUUGAAAGGCAAGGCGAAGGUGGAGAAAACCAUUCCGUCGACAUUUAAUCCAGUUGAGGAAGCCAGCGAAGUUGAAGAGAUCACAGAGGGCACUGGAGGCCUGUACAUCUCGGAGAAACGUAAGAGGGAGGAAGAUACACCAGUUGGAGACAGCUCGUCGGUGACAACUCCUGCUAAGAGAACCAUGAAGAGGGCGACAGCAAGACCGUUGCGCCUCACCAAGAGGCUACGCACGCGCAACACACAUACAAAGGUCACGCAAAGUCGGAUAACACGAAGAGCUCAGACGGAAAUUAAGGCGACUUUGAAGAACUCAAACAUCGACAGGCUGCAAUUUUUGGAUUCCGUACGAAGGGAACUGAUCAAUUGCCACCAUGAUGAGAUCAAAGCUAUCUGUGGACGGGAAGAAGUUGCGUAUAAGACAAAGCUUGCAGAUCUGCGCGCCGAUGUGAAGUUCGGAACGUUGGACCCAGAUGCGGCUGUCGUGAACCUAACUGCUGAUUUCGAUGACCAGACCGAUGAGGAGGGAACUAACUGAAGUCCUUUUAGCUUAGAGCAAAUCUGUGAACUAUGUGAGAUUUUGGUCAGGUAUCGACUUACGCACUCGGUUCU